AUGUCCACAGCAUCGGCAUCCCACUACUCGCAACACGCUCUCGCCAGCCUUCGCCGCAGGCCAUACACUCCCCCUCUCCCACCAUCGCCAUCACAGCUCACUCGCCCGCGAUCCAUCAACGCGGUCCCUCUCUCUCCCCCACCACAGUUCAGCAUGAUCGACUUCCUUCGAGCCCAGAGCUCGCCGACGAUGCAAGCCCGCCCGCUCACAGUCGUCGACGCUCUUCGCCACAAUCACCCGUACGCGGCGCUUCCCACCGCACUCCCCAGCCCACCUCCGGAACCCUCCCCGGUGCUGAAGUCGUACCCAUCCCCCGCGCGCGCACUCUACACGCCCCUCUCGCCCCAGUCGCCGCAGGCUUCUCUCACACCUACGACUCGGACACUCACCCUCGCACCCGCUCCCAAACCGGCACCAAAGCCCAAGGCGCGCGCUAAGCGUGAUACGCUUGCCACUUUCUUUCGCUGGAGCGAGCCGACCCCCGAGCUACGCCCCCUGCUCCUGGCACCAAUGGCGCGCCCGGCUGAACCCAACCCCACCCGUCCACGGAUCAAGGAGGACGACGCGGCACGCGCCGCCGCCGCCGAAAGCCGCGUCGUGCCUAUCGGUGGCGCCCGCGCCGCACGCCUCCGCGCCCAGCGUCAGUGGGAGAGCCGGCUGGCCCGCGGCCGCCCAGCUCUGAGCCUCGACAUCGACAGCGAGCUGAGCUACGAGCGCGAGCGCAUCGAGACGCCGCUCGAGAGCGUGUUUGUCGCGCGCGAGCGCGAGCGCGACUCGUGGCUCAAGCGAUAA